AUGAGCUUUCGACGGGGGACUUUCAAGAACUUUGCUAUUAGCAUCAUACAAGUCAUAACAAUCAUCUGUCAAGUGUUGACGGAGGAGCCUCGUUUCGCUGAGCCGAUCCCCAACGUGACCGUGGCUCUUGGCAGAGAUGCCAGCCUGCCAUGCGUUGUUGAACACCUCGGCACAUACAAAGUUGCAUGGAUUCACAUUGACCGUCAGAUGAUACUCACCAUUCACCGUCACGUGAUAACGCGUCUGGCCAGAUUCAGCGUGUCCCACGACAACGCGAUGACCUGGCUGCUGCACGUCAGCCAAGUGCAGCAGGAGGACCGCGGGUACUACAUGUGCCAAGUCAACACCAACCCGAUGAUAAGUCAAGUGGGAUACCUUCAGGUUGUAGUGCCACCGAACAUCCUCGACGACGAGAGCACGCAGUCCGCUGUCGCAGUUCGGGAGAACCAGAACAUCAGCCUGGUAUGCAAGGCCGACGGCUUCCCGACCCCAAAGAUUAUGUGGCGACGCGAAGACGGUCAACCGAUAUCCGUGGACAGAAGGAAGAAAGUUACCGUGUACGAAGGUGACAGCCUGAGCCUGCAGCGUAUCAGCCGAACCGAAAUGGGCGCGUACCUCUGCAUCGCAACCAAUGCGGUGCCGCCGUCCGUCUCCAAAAGGAUCAUCGUCGAUGUCGAAUUUUCUCCGAUGAUUUGGGUCCCCAAUCAACUGGUUGGCGCGCCUUCGGGCACUGACGUCACGGUGGACUGCCACACCGAAGCUCACCCCAGGGCCAUUUCGUACUGGGUAUACGACAACGUCAUGGUGCUGCCCACCAAGAAGUAUGCCGUCACCACAGAAGAGAACUCUUACAGGGCGCACAUGAAGCUGACAGUUCGCAAUCUUCAAAGCGGCGACUUUGGGAAUUACCGGUGCAUUUCAAAGAACUCGCUGGGAGAAACGGAAGGUUCCAUUAGGUUAUACGAAAUCCCUAUGCCGUCGACAUCCCCGAAGGCGACAGAAAUGAAGAGCACCGCUAACAAAGAGAGUGUAAGGCGGGCGAACGUUAGCCGCGCGGUACAGCGCGAGCCGACCGAGCGACCAAGCGUGGUGCGCGCGCAGCUCGACCGGGCCCCCGAGCGGGAUGCCGCGCACCACGUGUACCGCGCCCCACACCCGCAACACGCCUCAGGAACGACUCAUCAUCGGUGCUGGCAACGGCCGUAUUUUGUGAUUAUCUUCCUGGUUCAGAUGGAAUUUCUAAUC